CCCAAAUUGAACCAUGACUUACGAUCCAUGCGACUGCGACCGGCCGCCGGUGCACAACAAGCCCACCCAAGAACUGGUGCUCUGUUUCGACGGCACAGGCAAUACGUUUCGGGUUGACGGCGGCGAGAGCAAUAUCCUCAAAAUCUUUCGGAUGCUGGACCGCAGCAAAGAGAAUCGAUACUGCUAUUACCAACCUGGCAUCGGCACCGACAUAACCCCAGGAACAUUCGCCAACGUCGCCUUCCGGCCCUUCAGCAACCUGCCCGCCAGCAAAGUCAUCGACCAAGCCCUAGCAACCUCUUUCGACCAACACGUCAUCGGCGGCUACCGCUUUCUAGCGAGGCGCUGGCGCCCGGGGAGCCACAUCUACCUCUUCGGCUUCUCACGGGGCGCGUACACCGCACGCUUCCUCAACGAAAUGCUCGACUUCGUGGGCCUCAUCUCCGCCGACAACGAAGAACUGAUCCCGUUCGUAUGGCAAGCCUUCCUGUCGUGGAAAUACGCGCACGGGGAGCAGGAAGCGCGCCAAGCCGACAACUUCCUCCGGCUGUGCCGGGACACGAUGUGCCGGUCCGUCGGGCUCGUCCAUUUUCUAGGACUGUUCGACACCGUCAACAGCGUCGCCGAAUUCAACAAGGACGUGCUGAAAGACAUGGAGACGAUGCCCCGCCCGCGCUACAUGCGGCACGCGGUGAGCAUCGACGAGAAGCGCAUCAAGUUCCAGCCCGUGCUGUUCGAGCGGCUGCGCGGCGCGCACGCGAAGAAAGGGCGCGUGAGUACGUGGGCGGAGCGGGCGGAGCAGCAGUUCUGGGGCGUGCCGUUGAGCCCCGUGCUGGAUACGGAUUUCGAGGAGGUGUAUUUCGCGGGGGAUCAUAGCGAUGUUGGCGGCGGGCAUCCUCCAAGUUAUGCAGGGGAAGGGGCGAGGAGCUGGCCCGUCAGUCAGAUUCCGUUGAUGUGGAUGGUGCAGGAGGCGACGCAUGUCGGGUUGACGUUUGAUCCGGUGCAGUUGCAGGAGUUGGGGUGUCAUUUGGUUCCGGUUUCUUCGGCGGGUUCUUCUUCUUCAGAGGAUGGGGAUGAUGAUGGUAGGGAGGGGAGGUUGAUCGAGGUAGAGGACGUGGCAAAGCAGCAACAACAACAACAGCAAAGGCUUAUGGAAUUCGACCCCGCGAUCGUGCACAUGGCCGAACGCGCCCCGCUGCACGAUUCCCUCGAGUACGACUCCGGCAAAGGCGUCGAGACGCUCUUCUGGCGGUUGCUCGAGUGCCUGCCCAUGAAACGCCCCAAGGUGAACCGCGACGGCUCCGUGAAGGAGACCCGGUGGCAUGUCGGGGGCCUGCGGCGGCCGCUGCCGGACGGGGCGCGCAUCCACGCCAGUGUGAUCCACCGGCUGCAGCAGGACCCGGAGUAUCGGCCGUAUAACCUGGGGUUGGGGCACAAGCGGGUGCCGACGACGACGUCGCUGGACCGCCACCAGCAUCAGAUCGAGAGGAGGGAUAUCGGGCAGUGGCGACGGAUGCAGCAUGGGGGACUGUGUGAUUACUACGUGCAGGUGCAGGGGCCUUUGCCGGGGGGGAGUGCGGGGGGGUCGCGGUGUGCGUCGCGCAAGAGUACUGCUUAG